AUGUCCCACCAGCUCGUUCCUGCUCCUUCCUCGUUUUGUGGUCUCGAUACAGACUUCAGCACUCCUCAGGUGCCGGGAACUCGAACUCGAACCCAAAGACCAUGGUUCCAUCCCGCCAAAUUUCUCGAGUUCAAGCAAAAAAAGCCUAACGCUGGCCACUUGAUAUGCACUCUUAUGUACUCCAAUCCCGUAAUGCUACUCUGUAACGGUGGCCCCGUGUUCUCCAUAAAAUGGAGACUUGAGAUGGAUCCGGGUGUUUUACCAAAGCCGUCCUUAGUGCGAAUCUGCAAGAUUCAUGGCAUAGUUAAUGCUUGA